UUAUUUUAAAAAUGUUACGACUGAUUUUUAUAGUGUGUCCAUUGUUUCAAUAUUUAGAAAGACAAUUUGCUAAAACUUAUAUAAAAUUGAAUUAAUUACACUUUUUAUCUAAGGUCUUGGUUGAGAUGAAAAAGCUAGUGUCACGAGCGGGACUCGAACCCAUGGCGUUCAAUUCAAUACGACGCCCCUCCAUCCACCUGAGCCAUCGGACCCUGAUCCACUCGGACAUCAACUCCUCAUCUCAGCCAACAACCUUUCAGAAUUUCCCUUCUCUUAUCAUAUUUUCAAAUAUUGUGCAAUCAAGAUUUGAUUCUCGGUGACCUAUUAAAUGGCCAUGGGGAGCUGUCAGCGAAAAUGAUGAAGAUGCGAUUGAUAACACCACAGCCAAAAUGGCCCAGGUGGACAAGCUUUGCUCAGCUCUUGAACAUAAGGAGGAAUUGAUAUCCUAUAUCAAGAAGCAAUUAAACAUAAAAAAACCAAGGCCAAAGUUGAAGGUGCCAACAAUACAUGAUAUUAUACAGCACACAAGAAACAGCAAUUUUUCAACAGUCAAAUAUUUUACCACGGGUAGACCGAUUUCAAAUUUCCGUGAUCUUUCAAAAGAGCCAUGCCCAUUUGGUAUUGACAACUCCCAGAAUUUUUUGAGCAACAUUUCCUUCAAGCCGCCAAGGAUUGCACAAAACCGGCCGAAACAUGCGUACAGAAAUGAUUACAAGAAAAAUGACAUUCUCAACAGAGUACAUAUCCCGGAUAAAAAUAUAGUCAUUCCCCCAUCCAAACUUGACAAUAAUUCAGAAUAUUUUUCUUUGGUCAAAGGGCGCCCAAUUAAAGAAAAGUUCGACAAGCGACAUUUCGCUGUUAAUCACAGGAGGUGUUUCUUCAAGAAACUUUGUGCUGGGUUUUUAGAAGAUGAAAUUAAAAAGCAAGAGGAGCAUCAUAUUCGGGAUUUAUGGCGUCUCUACACCAUCCGAGAAGAGCUUGACAAAAUCAUACAAUCGUUUGAAAAUUAUCUGACAGAUGAUCACCAGGAAUCUGUUAAAAUUAUCGAAGAGUCUCAGCAAAUUGCGCAUUUAAAAGAUGAGAAAACGCAAGAGGUGAAACGCUCAAGUGGCUAUCUGAAUGCUAUUAAAUGCACACUUUACAAGAUGGAAGAACAGCUCACUUACCGGAAAUACUGCAAGGAAGCUAUUUAUAACAUAAGCCCAACACAUUGGCAAGAAGAAUUCGAAAGAUCUAAAGAAGCGUAUAAACCUAAAGCACAAGAAAUGGCAGAAGAUGUGUUUGAGCAUUAUCAAGAGUUUUUAAAUUAUACUCCAGAAGAGGAUAAGUUUUUGGAUAAGCUUGUUAAUGACCUCAUUACAGACAUAGUAAAUCUGGGUCCACCAGCUAUUUAUUUCCAACACCCAUGGGAAGUAGAUAUGGUUUUUAAAGAAUUUGAAUUGCAGAAUUUACAUGCAGCCAAGCACUUAGCUGAUGUUGGACACAUACAAAAAGAUUUGAAAGGCCUUUUAAAACAUGUGAAAGAAUACUACAAAAUUGAAUUUAUGUGUUUACAAGAAAAGAUCAAGGAUUUAGAAGCAGGGAUAUUAUACCAAAAAGAACGCUCUUUGGAACUUGAAGCCAUAGCUAGACAGCUGACUCAGACUGUGUACAAAGAUGUUGUUAGUGCUGACCACAUUCUAGAGACACAAGGUUUGGUACAUAAUAUGUAUGACGAAAUCAUUGGUGAAGAAGAAACAAAAUUAUCAUAUGUAGAAAUGAUGGAAAGAGUGGAAACAGAAAUAGUUAAUGUUUGGAAAGAAGCACAUGAAAUGCCAAGAUAUUUGUAUGAAGAAUAUGAAGAGAAAAUUAAAAACAGGACAAAAGCAGAAACAUACGCAGCUCUUGAGGCAAAGAGGCGAGAAAGAAGAAUUGUCCUCACUGUUAGUCGCCUUCACAGGUCUUACAUGCCCCCACACAAAACAUUAUUUAAAAAAUUAUUGCCUCGUUCUGAUCCACCUCCAAUGAUCAAGAGAUUUGAAAGGAUGAAAUUAUUAAGAAGGAUGAAAGAAUUAGAGAUAAGAGAGAGAAAGAAAAAGGCGUUGACUAGAGGAGAACUGUGGGAUGAGGAGCAUAUAGAAGAGAAGGAAGAAGAAGAAGGCAAGAAAAUAUCUGAAGUUAGUAAAACUUUACAUGAAGAGGAGAAGAUAGAAGAAAGCUUUGAAGAUAGAGAUAAAAUAGAACGGGAUCUAUUUUCCUUGACAUCAGACGAAUCAAUUACCAAAAAGGAAAAUGUCCUAAUUGGACCAAAAAUUGUUUCUUGUUAUAAAAAACAGCCGAGGAUUCAUAAACCUCAUGAAGAAUUGAUUAAAGUACAACCGAAGAUUGCUAUAGCAAAACAUUCAAUUCCAGAUAUUAUAGAGAAAUUUAGAGCACAUGAAGAAGAUAUAUUUAUGCAAAAAUUUGACUCUAGACUAUCAGAACCUGAUGAGGCGCUACCGAUGUUCAAAGGCUACAAUUAUAAUUUUGAUAGAGUUAUAGAUUUACAUAAAUCAUUGGUACAUCGAAUUGCGAUGUACAAAAGAUAUAGUGCUGAAUGCGAAGAAGAAGAAAUGAGAACAUAUGAAGAUGUAUUUCAUGGAACAUCCAGUAGAAAUGUAGAACAGGAUUUAACAACUCGUCCCAAUGAACCUAGUGCUCCAAUUGCUGGCAGUGCACUUUCUUCUCAAUUAUCUAAUACUUCUAUUAAGUCCGUGCAGUCGUCUCAUGGAUUAGACGAUAAACCAUCAAUGUCGACUAAGUAUGAUGGUUUGUCACCAAAUCGUAAUUUACAACCAUUAAAGCCUCAAAAUGAUAGCCAACAUUUUUCAAGGAAAAGUUAAAAAAACGUCUCCACUUAUCUGACGUUUCACCAGGAGACAAAGGUCUGAUGCAGUUAAGGUUGUUGCUAAUGUUCCAUAAUUACCUUUCAUAGGUGAAUUUUAACUACUGGGGGGGGGAAUAAAAUACACAUUUGAUUUUAAACAUACUGUAUGAAAACUGCUUUUAAAUUUUAUAAUUUUUUUAACAAUAUGUAGUUGAAGGACCCCCCUUUUACCACUUAAAUUUUUAUCUGUUGUGCUAUUUGUUAAUGGAUUUUCUAUGAGAUUUUUGUUUCUUUAAUGAAGUACUGAAUUCUUCUCAGCUGUACAGAAUCUUGGCCUAUAUUGCACAGAAGUAUCAUGGCCUUUUACUAUGGUUGGCAAUUGGGUCUGUUGAUAGUCCCAUUUUUUAAUAGGUUAUUUUACCUGGAGAAUCUGUAAAUAUACCUGUUAGUUUUAA